UAAAAAUCCAUGAUUAAGUUGGUCGUUGGACUAUAAAAACGCAGGUUGGAGCAUAAGAAAAAGAAACGAGUAUUCAUUUUUGAGAUGGGAAUCUGCAUAUCCACUGUAUCUUCUGAGAUUCAUGAUACUGAAGAUGUCCAAGAAAAUGCAGUGUUCAUUGACGAGACCAAUGAUAAAACUAAGAGAAAUGGAUCUGUUCAUUCAAGAGCUGGAAGCAAAGGGUUGAACCAAGAUGCUGCCAUACUCUAUCAGGGAUAUGGAGAAGAUGAUGGAGCCUUUUGCGGAGUUUUUGACGGUCAUGGGAAGAACGGUCACCUGGUGAGCAAGUUAGUGCGGAACCAUUUGCCACUGCUUGUGCUAAACCAGAGAAACUCUCUGGCAAAUGUCAAAGUCACGGCGGUGCACGAUGACUGUGACCCAGGAUCAAUGCCGAGCAAGAACUUCCAGGCAUGGAGAGAUGCAUGUAUCAGUGCCUUCAAGGUGAUAGACAAGGAGAUCAAGCUUCAGGAGGGAUUGGACUGCUCCACCAGUGGAAGCACAGCUGUUGUUGUCAUAAGACAGGGUGAGGAUCUUGUCAUAGCCAACCUCGGCGACUCGAGAGCAGUGCUAGGGACUCUCACUGAAGACGGACUUCGCACUCUUCAAUUGACUACCGACUUGAAGCCUAAUGUUCCCAGCGAAGCCGACCGAAUAAGGAAGUGCAACGGCCGGGUUUUAGCUCUGAAGGAAGAACCACACAUCCAGCGCGUGUGGCUACCCCAUGAGAACAUGCCUGGCCUUGCCAUGUCCCGUGCUUUCGGCGACUACUUGCUCAAAAACCACGGCAUAAUCGCCAUUCCCGACAUCUCUUAUCACCGUAUAACUCCAAAAGACCAAUUCAUCGUCCUUGCAACAGAUGGGGUGUGGGAUGUGCUCAAUAACAAUGAAGUUGCAACAGUGGUCGGGUCAGCAAAAGAUGAGGAAGACGCAGCGAAAGCAUUGGUUGAAGCAGCUAUUGCUUCAUGGAAGAAGAAAUUCCAUUUUUCAAAAGUUGAUGAUUGCAGUGUUGCCUGCCUCUUCUUGCAUAAAAGGCAAAAGACAGAUUAGCACUGGUGCACUGCCAAUUGGGUACUCUAAGCUUGCAACUUAUAGUCUAUACAUAUUAUGCCAUUGAUGCACUAGCUGCUUCAAUGAUUCCAACCACGCACAAGUUGCUUGUACAGAGGCAUAUAGAAGUACAAGCAAAAUAGAGACAAUGAACAUUGCCCAGAAUUUGGUAUUGAAAUGAAAGCUCCGAGUUAGCUUGUCGAACAACUUGGAAACAUAUUCCGAGGGGAUGGGUUUGCCAACUGGAGUGCAUUGAUGGGGAUUGUUUCACCUGGAUAACUCAUGUUUCCCACAAACGUUAUUGAAUUGUUAAUCACCAUCAAUUGUGCUAGCUUUACACCAUGCUGCAAUAAAAGUUAGUUUGAGUGUUCUUUUGCUUCUAAUCUUAUACAUGCUCCAGGGUGAACAUUGUUCUCAACACCUUUAAAUACCAACUGGGAUCACCAAGAAUAUAAAGACGGGUUUUCUAGAAGAAUAGCCAAUUGCCUAACAAAAUCGCAACUCGAGGUCAAUCUACUCUUGGAACCAUAC